ACUAGCAAAAGGCUCCGAUUUUAGAGAUCAGUCUUCAGUGGUGAUGGCGAACCUGGAGUUGAAUGUUCGCUAACGGGAGUUGUCUUUUAGCUCAUCUGAAAUGCGUUCACUCUUUUUUCUGUUCUAAAAAAAAACUCCAAACGCUUAGAACACCGACAAAAAUCACCGGUUCUUCAGUUCGGUUCAUCAGCGCGAGCGCUACUCUGCUGGGCUACGAGCCGACACUUCUUCCCACACUCGCGGUUCAUCAGGCGACUCAGCGUGGAUCAGGAGGCUCAGUGUGAACCUGCAGAGUCUCCAGCGGUUUCUUUAAGGGUUUUAUGAUUUGCGCUUUAUUUUGCCAGCGCCAAAGUAGAACUGCAUGAAGACUGCAUGAGGAGAAUGGACAUGACUGUAACACUGCUGCUGCUGCUUGCAGGAUGGACACUGGGCUCAUCUCUGUAUGUCGCGGAUGGUCGAUCACCUCGUCUGGCUCUGGAGAAGAGCUUGAGCUGGCCACCUAAAGACACGCAGUGUCAGCAUAUGCUAAAGCGUCUGCAUAAUGGAGCUCGUGUUACCGUGCAGAUGCCCCCCAACAUAGAAGGCCAUUGGGUCUCCACCAGCUGUGAGGUACGUCCUGGCCCAGAGUUCAUCACCCGCUUCUACCACUUCCAGCACAACCACACCUUUCAGGCCCAUCAGUUCUACUACGCUGACAACCAGUGCACAGUGCCCACCUACACACUGGUGAUUCAGGGCCGUGUGCACAUGCACCAGGCCUCGUGGGUCAUUCGCGGUGGCACAGAGGCUGAUUACCACAUCCACGACAUACAGGUGGUGUGCCACUCUAUGGACAAAGCCAAGGAGCUGAGCAGGCGUUUGUUACAGAGCUGCGAGGAAACCAAAGGCACCUCCUUGGAGCUGAACAAAAGUUAUGAGCUGUGUAGUGAGGAAGGAAGCUGCAACUGCACUCAUGACAUGAAUUUCGCCAUGCCUGAGCUGCAGCUGCUGCGGGUCGAGAAGCAAUACCUGAACAGGAACGUGGAGCAGCCCGUGGAGGAGCUCUUCCUAGGUGAUAUUGAUACUGAACCGCACCGGAGGAUAAGCCACAGGCCCUCGAGCUAUCAGCCGCCACUGCAGAACGUCAAGAGUCAUGAGCAGAACUGCAUCGCGUGUCGGCUCAUCUCACACUCGGACGAGUUCCACCCUCCGAUCCUGCCGCCACAGCCUGAGCUCGCUGUGGACCUCUAUGGCCAAUGGGUUUCCCAGCGGUGCGAAGUUCGCCCAGAUGCACUCUUCCUCACAAGACAUUUCUUCUUCCACGAUAACAACAACACAUGGGAGGGUCACUACUACCACUACUCAGAUCCCAUCUGCAAGCACCCAACUUUCAGCAUCUUUGCCAGGGGGAGGUACAGCCACGGUGUCCGCUCCACACAAGUCAUGGGUGGAACCGAGUUUGUCUUUAAGGUGACGCACAUGCGGGUGGUACCGAUGGACCCAGGCACUACAUCUCUCCUGAACAUUUUUAAUGGGAAUGAAUGUGGUGCUCAAGGCUCAUGGCAGAUUGGAGUGGAGCAGGACGUGACACAGACCAAUGGCUGCAUGGCGCUGGGAAUCCGCCUUCCACACACCGAGUAUGAGCUCUUUCGAAUGGAACAGGACCCUCACGGUCGCUACCUGCUCUACAAUGGCCAGCGGCCCAGCGACGGCUCCAGUCCUAACCGGCCUGACAAACGUGCCACGUCCUACCAGACGCCGCUGGUGCAGUGCUCAGUCAACAGCCAGAAGUCACAGGUCAAUCUUAGUCACCAUACAAAACUGCACCAAAGGUUGAACAACAGCUGUCGCCCAACUCACCAAAGCUACUUGAUGGAAACUGUGGUCAUUGUUGGAUUUAACAUGCUGAUUAUGUACUUCUUUGGUUGAAAGAACUACCCCAGAAGCUGAACUGAUGUUUCUGUACAUCUUUGUACAUAUCGACACAAGGAGGAUCAGAGAUAUCUAAGAACACACUCUGGCUAUCUGGGAACAAAAUUACUUGACGUACUUGAGCAUUCUGCUCAUUUUUCUGGUUUCUGGGAUACAGUUGGAAUAAAUGGAGAUGGAGAAGCAUGUGGAGAGGCAGAAUGUCUGUUUUGUCUGCCUCUGUACUGAACAGACUGCAAAGAACUGAAAUUGCUGCACCACAGUAACUGCACUUUAAAAAAAAAUAAUUCAAGCAUGACUGGGAACUUUUACAGUUCCAAUUUGUUAAAAAAAAGAUAAUUCUUGUUAUCAGCUUCAUCAAAGAGGGGUUCCUGUUUAUUCUCUCAACCUUUACUGUAGAUGUUUAUGCUAAGAAAGAGAUAUUUUUCUAUGGUAUGAUGUGUGUUUGUGUGCAAGAGCAUUUGAAAUGUCAAAAUGAACCGAUUCAGGGUCGCGUCGCUUGAAAGGGAACGACAUUGUACCAUAUUAUCGGUCAUGAAUUCUUACUGGACAGUAAAAAAAAUUAACAUUUGUUUUUCUUCCGUGAAACAGGAACGGGUAAAACUGCGACACAGUGUUCAUGUUUAGUUUGGAGCAGAGUUGGAACAGGGCGGCUGACAGGGCCAGUUCUGAUUUCCUGAUGGUUCAUGAGGUCUGCAUGUGUGCCGUAAGCUAUCAUUUUUGCAUACUGUAUUGGGUUAUGGCACGAAGAACAUUCAAUUGUGGCUUUGGAUGUUCCACCAAAAACUGACAUUCUUCCCUGCAGUUUGAUCUUUUGAGGAAAUAAAACGGCAAUAUUAAUUUCCCCCACUGGUAUAACUUGUGUUUGCUGAAAAAGCAAGCAGAGUAAAAUAUGAUCCUGUUUGAGACAAGAGGUUAUGAGGCAUUAUAGAUCUUUAUGUUUGUUUUGAUACAGAGUACUAUAUUGUUACUAAAGCCUAUGUAGAUCCACAGCUGAACUACGUGCAUCAUUACCUGCAAGUGCCUUAAAAAGACAUUGUCCUAAUAACUGGAUUGUAAGACUAGAAAUAAAAUAUUUAAAUGGA